AUGCAGUGCCCAUGCUUCCCACUCAUCGUCGGUCAAGUCGGUCAGUCAGUCAUCCAUCCAUCCCACUUCACAUUAGUAUAUGCUCCGCGGACGCCUGCCUCCUGCCCUUUAAUACCUGCUUUGGUGCCGCCGCCGCUCAGCUUCCUCCCUAUCGCGCAUCCAUCAGCCAACGCUGCUCGUGACCCGACAUCCCGCCGCCAGCCUCCUAGCUCGCUGGAAUCGUCGGCGCUCGCCAUCAAAAGGCCAGCCUACAGUACAUCUUUUUCACCCCAUCAGAGCACAGACUCGCUCGCUACGUCGACUGUUCCUCCACUCAUCUUGCCACGCCGCCUGAAGAAACACCCACCAUCGACGACGACAGCAGCAGUAGCAGCAGCAACCGCCCACAACAAAAAGGCCCUGACAGGACAAGACGCAAAACCCCCCCGCCACGUGUGGAGGCAGCCAUCAGGCUCGGGGCGACGCGGACCCAACGAGGACCCCUGCCGUCCGCCCGCCACACCCUGGCCGUUGACGGGGUUGAGGUUGUUACUGAAGACUGUUCCCCUCCCCCAAUCUAGACAACGCCGAUCCGCGAGCGACCGACCCCCAGGGGAACUCAACCGUCCGGUUCACGUAGACGCAGGCUGCCAACGCCAUCUCCUUCGCCGCACCGACGACCCUCGGAUAGCCUCGCUCGCCUUCCACGCGAUAGGCACCCUCGAACUUCGGCUCGUACCUGCCACUGUUUGCUGCCCGCCCCUCGCGAAGGCCAUCGACCCAUCCGUGUCCUCUCGGCCGAUCGCGACACCACAUAUCCGCUCACCUAAUCCCCGCGCUUCCCUCGUCCACGAGACGCCGACGACCCAGCGCGCGGCGAUUGACACCCCUGACCACCGUCCUCGUUGCGAAACGGACCCCACGGCCCGUGGUCGUGCGAGCGCCAACACGUAG